AUGCCUACUUCUACUGUUGGCAUGCAGAAAAUGAUUAAGCAAGUCAAGCAGCAGCAGCAUCAUCAAAUAUCUAAUGAUCUCAAUCAACUGAUCCACGUGGGUGAAAAUCUUGUUCUUGAUAAAGAGAUUCUUUUAAUAGAGAACAGGCAGCUACAGCAAGCUCUUAAUCAAGAAAGGAGACAUCACAAGCAUGGCAGGAUCAUGGGAUUGCUAGAUUCUUCAAAUCCAUCAUUGGCACAGUUCUUUUCACCGGCAAAGAUGCAGCACAUCCGCGAGCAAAUGACGGCUUCCGAAGCUGUCAAAAAGAAUGAGCAGGCUUGUAAGGAGGAUGCCAAGUUGCAACACACUCUUUUUAAGAAGCAGAAGAAGACAGAUAUCAUGAAGCAGUGGAUGCAACAGAAUGAACAGCUAAGACUGCAAGAGCUGCUCAACAGCAGAUUGAAAAGAAGCUUAAAGAUGCAAGAAAGAUUCAAGAAAGAUUCAAGAACAAAAAGAGGGAGAAGAACAAGCUGCUGUACAGCUGCAAUCACAGUUGAAUAA